CAAAAAUGCAGUAACAAUUGGGAUCAAUUGAAGAGAAAGAGAGAAGCAAUGAUAUUGAAUUGCUAUCAGAUUGCCACUUUAUCUCUAACCCAGAAACAUCUACCGGUGAAAACUGUUAGAUUCACUUUGAAAAUCCAAGCAAAAGAUUUACGGGCGCAGCUCGAUCAACUCCACCAUGAAGCUCAGACCACCGGAGCUGAAGCAAGCAAAGCAAGAUUUAGGCUAAUGCGUCUGUCUGAAGCGGCAGAAAAACUUCGACAACAAGCAGCUAUUAAUGUUCAGAAAGGAAGAGAGAAUGAUGCUAGAGAGCUUCUUAUGCAGAAGAAGAAGGUUAUGCUGGCCUUAGAGAAGACAAGUACUCGUAUUGCAUUACUUGAUGAGCUUUCAGCCAAGCUUAAUGAGGCUAUAUCCGUCAUGGAAAGUCAGCUAAUUGAGAGGAUUUCCUCUGACCUUGAAGUUGAACAAGACGUCGCUUCUGGUCCUGUUAGGAUUGUUUCUCCCAAGGAGGAAGAAGAUCCGGGGGACUUAAGUGAAAAGAACAUUGAUUCAGAAACCAUCAUUCCCAUUGAGGAUAAACACUUGGAAGUAAACUCCAGAAGCCAACCUGAUUCAGCUAGCAUUGAGAAUAUGAGGAGUAAAUAUGACUUAUUGCCUAGCCUGAAAGACAUUUCGUCGUACGAGGACUUUCUGGCAGUUGUUAAUCAACAGCUGGAGACAAUCGAAGAGGAGUUAGUCACAGUCUUGAGUCUCUCCACUCUGUUGUUUGAUGAAAUGGAGAAGGCAAAAAGUACAAAGGCAAAGCUACUAUUUGAAGUUCUUGAAGAUGUUCGUAGGAUUAGAGCAAGAUACUUUAAUUCUAGAAGUGAAAAUAUCUUAUAAUUUGAAGUGGGUGGUCAUGGAGGUAGGAUGCUGUCCUAGCCUCUUCUAGGGAAAAAACCCUUUGUCCCCAAAAAAAGGUCUUAUAAGAAAAGAAGUGUGUAUUUGUUCAUUGUAUUUGAUUGUUUCUGGCUCACUGAUGAGGUGCAGACCUUGGAAACAGACCAUGAGAAAGAGAGUAGAAAAUUUCAUGUAGAAACAGAGGGAUACCAUCAACCUUGGAUUCAAUUUUCUGAUGAAGGAUGAGGGCCAUGGCAUGUCUCGUUUUUAGGAUCCCGACGAGAGAAGAGAGGAGUGGAAGAGUUCAGAAUCUUCAGAACAAAUAAACAAAAUUCAAUUCAAUUCAAAUUUUCUUUUCUUUUUUUACUUUCCGAGAACAUGGUCAUUUUAUCUAAGAUUUGUUGGUUUAUGAUAAAAAGAAACUAUAGGCCAAAGAAGACUUGUCCUUGACAUAUCUGGAGUUGCUACUUUGUCUACAAGGGCUGAUUUCAAUAUAACCUGGAAGUUUUAUGUGCU